CAGAGGCUGGCGGAGUCGCGGCGCCCUCGCUCUGCUCGCGGGCUUGGCCACCCAUACCUGCCGGCACCUGCCACGCCGCCGUCGCCGGCUCCAGAUGGGGAAGGACCAGGGCUUCUCUCGGCACUUUCGGAUCUUCAUCCCCAAGAAGCACCGAGCACGCUUCGACGAGGUGGUGUCGCAGGGUCUGCUGGGCAAGCUGUGCCGCGCUCGGCGGACGCAGGGAGCGCAGCGGCUGCGCCGGAGCCGCAGCGAGGAGCGGCCGGAGCGCCUCCUGGUGUCCACUCGCGCCAGCGCCGCCCCGCGCCGCCCGGAUGAGCCGCCCCCGCGCAAGGCUGCCUCGCUGCUGGGCGGCCGCGCGGGCCCGGGGGGCGCGCGCAGGACAGUCCGAGUCUACAAGGGCAACAAGAGUUUCGGCUUCACACUGCGCGGUCACGGGCCUGUCUGGAUCGAGUCUGUCCUGCCUGGGAGCCCGGCUGACAAUGCGUCCCUCAAGUCAGGUGACCGGAUCCUCUUCCUCAAUGGACUAGACAUGAGGAACUGCUCCCAUGACAAGGUGGUGUCCAUGCUUCAAGGCAGUGGUGCAAUGCCCACACUGGUGGUGGAGGAAGGGCUCGUCCCAUUUGCCAGCGACUCCGAUUCUUUGGAUUCCCCCAACCCGUCCUCGGCGCUCACCUCCCUGCAGUGGGUGGCGGAGAUCCUGCCUUCCAGUAUUCGGGUGCAGGGGAGGACUUUCAGCCAGCAGCUGGAGCACCUACUCACGCCUCCCGAGCGCUAUGGGGUCUGCCGGGCCCUUGAGAGCUUCUUCCAGCACAGGAACAUUGACACCCUCAUUGUGGAUGUCUACCCUGUGCUGGACACACCUGCCAAGCAAGUCCUUUGGCAGUUCAUCUACCAGCUGCUGACUUACGAGGAGCAGGAGCUCUGCCAGGAGAAAAUUGCAUGUUUCCUGGGCUACACAGCCAUGACAGAGCCGGAGCCUGAGCUGGACCUGGAGCCUGAGCCUGAGCCUGAGCCUGAGCCUGAGCCUGAGCCGGUGCCGGAACUCCAGCGGCGGAGUUCCCUGAGGGCCUCCUCCAUGUGCCGCCGCAGCCUCCGGUCCCAAGGUCUGGAGGCCAGCCUCAGUUGCGGUCCCGGCGACUGCCCCGAGAUGCCUCUUCCUCUAAUCCCAGGCGAGCGCCAGGCAGGCGACGGCACGUCCCUCCCUGAGACCCCCAAUCCUAAGAUGAUGUCGGCCGUCUAUGCAGAGCUUGAGUCCCGACUGAACAGCAGCUUCAAAGGGAAGGUGGGGACCUCGUCCAGAUCCCGUGCCUCCCCACCAGUGCCCAGCCCGUCAGGCACAGCAGGGCCCAGGACCCUGUCCAGCGUCUCGUGGCCCAGCGAGCGGCUCCUGCCCUCCCCCUGCUACUACCCACUGUGUUCAGGGGGCCUGGCCUCCCCCAGCAGCUCUGAGUCCCACCCCUACGCCAGCCUGGACAGCAGCAGGGCGCCCUCCCCACAGCCAGACCCUGGGCCCAUCCACUCUGACAGCCCCCCAAGCCCGGACCCUGCCCGCCCGCCCAGCCGCAGGAAGCUCUUCACCUUCUCCCGCCCCAUGCGAAGCCGAGAUACUGACCGCUUCCUGGACGUGCUGAGUGAGCAGCUGGGUCCCCGGGUCACUGCUGUGGAUGAUUUCCUGAGCCCUGAGAACGAUUACGAGGAGAUGAGCUUCCAUGAUGACCAGGGAAGCUUUGUGACCAAUGAGCGGAGCAGCGCUAGUGAGUGCAUCAGCAGCAGUGAGGAAGGCAGCUCCCUGACCUACUCCUCCAUCUCCGACCACAUUCCCCCACCCCCGCUCAGCCCCCCGCCUCCACCACCCCUGCCCUUCCAUGACCCCAAGCCCAGCUCCCGCACCCCUGAUGGUCCCCGGGGCCCUGCUCAGACGCUGGCCAAGCCCCUCGCCCAACUCAGCCACCCAGUCCCUCCACCGCCCCCGCCUCCCCUGCCCCCACCGGUGCCCUGUGCACCCCCAAUGCUGUCCCGGGGCCUGGGCCACCGUCGAAGUGAGACCAGCCACAUGAGCGUCAAGCGCCUGCGGUGGGAGCAGGUAGAGAACUCGGAAGGCACCAUCUGGGGUCAGCUAGGGGAAGAUUCUGACUAUGACAAGCUGAGCGACAUGGUGAAAUACCUCGAUUUGGAGCUGCACUUUGGCACCCAGAAACCUACUAAGCCGGUGCCUGGGCCUGAGCCCUUCAGGAAGAAAGAGGUGGUGGAGAUCCUGUCUCACAAGAAGGCCUACAACACCUCCAUCCUGCUCGCUCACCUGAAGCUGAGCCCCGCGGAGCUGCGGCAGGUGCUCAUGAGCAUGGAGCCCCGGCGCCUGGAGCCCGCGCACCUGGCGCAGCUGCUGCUCUUCGCGCCCGACGCUGACGAGGAGCAGCGCUACCAGGCCUUCCGCGAGGCGCCCGGCCGCCUCAGCGAGCCCGACCAGUUCGUCCUGCAGAUGCUAUCCGUUCCCGAAUACAAAACCCGCUUGCGCAGCCUCCACUUCCAAGCCACCCUACAAGAGAAGACGGAAGAGAUCCGGGGCAGCCUGGAGUGCUUGCGCCAGGCCUCCCUUGAGCUCAAGAACAGCCGGAAGCUCGCCAAGAUCCUGGAGUUUGUGUUGGCCAUGGGCAACUAUCUCAAUGAUGGACAGCCUAAAACCAACAAGACCACAGGCUUCAAGAUCAACUUCCUGACAGAGCUGAAUUCCACAAAGACUGUGGAUGGGAAGUCCACCUUCCUGCACAUCCUUGCCAAAUCACUGAGCCAGCACUUCCCAGAACUGCUGGGCUUUGCUCAGGACCUGCCCACUGUGCCCCUGGCUGCCAAAGUGAAUCAACGGGCCCUGACCAGUGACCUGGCUGACCUCCAUGGCACCAUCAGUGAGAUACAGGAUGCUUGCCAGAGCAUGUCUCCCUCUAGUGAGGACAAGUUUGCUAUGGUCAUGACGUCCUUCCUAGAUACAGCCCAGCCGGUGCUGCGGGCACUGGACGGGUUGCAACAUGAGGCCAUGGAGGAGCUGGGCAGGGCACUGGCCUUCUUCGGUGAGGACUCCAAAGCAACCACUUCUGAGGCCUUCUUUGGCAUCUUUGCAGAGUUCAUGAGCAAGUUCGAGCGAGCACUCAGUGACCUGGAGGCUGGGGAUGGCCCACGCAGCUCGGGGAUGGUUUCACCCCUGGCCUGGUGACCUGCGGAGUCCAUCCUGCCUGAGGCCCAUCCCAGUAGCCUGGAGCAGUCCAUAGCAGCCUAGGUGUGGGAGAUGGGGCCCGGCCUCCCCGUGUCUCCAGCUACCUCAGCUGUCAGGCUCUGGGCACUGGGAAGGUGCAGGGUCAGCCUAGUUCCCCUCUGUGGGCCUUGGCUUUGGCUCUGGCUCCAAGUGAGCACUGGGGGCAUGGGACAGAGAGGAGGUGCUAACUCCUCGGAGAGUGUGAACCUUAGCUGCCCACAGGCAUGCUCACACUGGAAGGCCUGGCUUUGCCCGGCCUCUCUCUGGGUCUUGGAGUAGAUGCUGGCUAUGCACACCCUCAGGACUCUGGUCUGGCCCAAGGGAGGGGUGGCAGGGCUUCCACCAGUGAGUGGAUUGUGAAGUGGCCCCCACCUGGGGGCAGUGUCUACUGUCUGCCCCUCAGAGCUUGGCCAGAGCAUUCUCUGCCCCAAGCAAGGACAUCGGAAUCUCCUUUCCGAGCCUGCUCCCAGUAGGCUGGAGGGACGCCCUUGCAGAACAUGCACUCUGGACCCUGGACAAAGUGACAGAUGCCCUUGAACAUGCCAUGCCAGUGAGCAUGACAGGCCUUGAGGUUCCUCACCCAGCCCUGGCCUCCUGGGGCUGCCUGGAAGAAACUGGAAGAAAGGAUAUCCCCAAGUGCAGGGACCUGGGGGCCUGUGUACCAAGCCUGGGUCUUGGAAGCUAGAAGCAGGGAAGGGAGGACAGACGCUGGGCAGGAAUACAGGAGAGGACUGGAUUAGGAAGACCGCGAUGUCAGACUGUAGAACUGAGGGGUUUCAGACUGUAGAAUUGAGGGGUUUUAUCCAGCAAACAAAUUUGAGUCCAGUUUGGGGAGCCCGAGAGUGGGAUGGCGUGGUCAAGUAGGGACAGAGAGGAUGGAAAGCUGUUUAGGUGCUGGGUGAGCAGGACUUGGUAACUGAUUGCCUGGCUGGGUCAUGGUGAUGUUCCCUGGAAUGGGUCACAUGAGCAGAGUGGACGUCAGGGUAGAUGACACAGUGGGACAUAGUUGGGAUCCCAGAGGCCAUUUCACAUAUGUGUCUGGAGGCCCUGGUGAGGUCAGGGGUAGAGGAGACAGUUACCUGGACACCAAGAGCAGGGGUGCUGUGGACGGGGAGGAUAUGUUCAUUUCCUCCAUCCUUUUCAUGUUCCAAUUGGCAGUCCCAACAUCAGGCAGAUUCCUGUUGCCUCUUUCCUUAACUUUCUUCCAGAGAAGUCUGCAAUGGGCUUUAAAUUUGUCUCGGAUUCUUUUUCUCUCCCUACAAUCAAAUGGCUAAUGUUGCUUUUGGACAGUAUCUGGGACCCGUUCAGUUCCUGGCAAUCUCCCAGACUAUUCUUUGAGGCCAUGUAUAUAUUCUUUCCUUGUCCCCCACUCACAGCCACCAUAUAAACUUGGGGCACCAGAGUGGCUCAGUCGGUUAAGCGACUCUUGAUUUCAGCUCAGGUCAUGAUCUCAGGGUCAUGAGAUCGAAUCCCAUGUCGGGCCCCGUGCUGGAUGUGGAGCCAGUUUAAGAUUUAAGUUUAAGAUUCUCUCCCUCUCCCUCUGCCCCUCCCCACCCUCUUAAAAAAAAAAAAAAGGCUAACCAAAAUGUAUAAUUCAGUGGGGAUGGGGAGAGAGAUCCAGAUGUGGCUAGAGGUGUUCAUUUCUUCCCAGCAGCUUAAGCUGGAUGAUUUAAUGAAUGACCAAAGCCUGUGUCUCUGAGAAACAUGUCAGACAGUGAGUUAAAAUCCCUGUAUGAGAUCCAUAGAAAUGAUAGGCUCCAGCCCCAACACACUCUCCAAGUAAAUCCAGCCCUAUGCUGGGGAGGAGGGUGUGGUGCGAGGGUACACAAGUUGGCAAGCCAGCACUAGCUCUGUUUUCUCCCUGAACACCUUCUAUUGGGAACCUAUGUGUCACAUGAUGUCAUGUAGCAAACUGUCCUAAAUCUUGGUCACUUAAAACAGCAGCCACUUACUGCUCAUGAAUCUUGGAGUCACCUGGGCAGUUCUGAUCUGAGCUGGGCUCAGUGGACUCACAAAUCAAAUGUCAUCUGUAAAUCAGGUAGGCAGCUUUACUAGUCAUGCAGGGAGGGCUCUCUCCCAUGUCUGGGGCUUUGGCUGGGACAACUGGGGUGGCUUUGUGUGACCUCUCAUUCUCUAGCCAAAUAGCCAGGAUGGUUCCCAUAGUGAAGGCAGGGGUCCAGGAGAAACAAAGUCACAGAAGGCCCCUUGAAGUCUAACCUCAGACCUCAGACCUGGCACACCACCAUUCUAUCACAGUUUCCUGUCAUGUAACAAGGCCAGCCCAGAUUCUAGGGGCGGUCUAAUUGGCUCCGCUCUGGAUGAGAGAUGAAGCCAAGUCACACUGCGUAGGGUGUGGAUUCAGGGUUGGCUGGAGAAUCAGAGCCAUUUUUGCAAUUGGUUUACCACCUGCCUGCUUGGCCAGACAUCCUGGUACAGAUCUCAGCCUCUUUAAUUUUCAGUGGCCUCCAUCCUGCCUGGACUUGGCUCAGCUCUGGUUAUCAUCUCCAUGUGUCGUCCUGGUGUCAUGCUUCCUCCUCUCUCUUACCUAUUCUCCCAUUACCUAGUCCCCUGACUCCACUCUGUCCAGUGGGCAGCAAUGGCCUGUGCCUCCCUAGCAACUAGUUUCCCUGCUACAGGGAAAGCACCCUGUUUUUCCUUUGAUAAAUUAUCUCUCCCCUACUCACAGGCCCUGAGCGGUGCCAAUUGGACAAGGAUGGUCUCAUGACUCUGGCUGGGUGGCUCAGAGUCCAGUUAAGACUCAAGUUAGCACUAUUUGAAAAGGGAGGCUCCCUCUCUUCUGGAUGAAUUGUUGGAUGUAUAGAGGGUGGAACCCCAAAUGGGGCUGCCAGGACCACCAUGUGGAGACACCUGCCUGGGGAUAAACCCAAUACAGGGAAGAAGAGAAGAGAAGACCACUCCAUACAUCUCUUUGUCCCUGGAUCCAACCAUGCCUGAAGCGGACUUCCAGACUUGUCAGUCUCUGAGCCAACAAAUUCCCCCUCCAUUUGUAAACUUUUAAAAUUUAAUUUUUUGGCUUAGGCUGGUUUGAAUGGGUUUCUGUCACUUGCAACACUAAAAGGGUUAACUAAUAACACCCAAGGUGGUUAUGGAUGUUCACUCUUUUCACAUCCUCAGUGAACGUUCUUCAUUCAUAAAUGCAUUGGCCAAUACAUUUUGACUGCCUACUUGUGCCAAGCACCAUACUGAGUGCAAACAUCUUAUGGGUUAACCUCUCCGAGUUCAAUUUUCUAGGGUUGUACUUCACGGUGGUUCAACACCCAAGUCACUACAAAGCCCUACAUGUGAGCCCAUAUAUGUGCCAUAUCCCCCCAGCAACUCCUUACCAAGUGACAGGUUGUGAAUGCAAGCAUUUAUCCCCGGGAAUUUACUUAUUUCUCAAUAUUAUGUCAUAUAUAUGUGUCCCAGGGUCACAGAUGCUGGUGACUUCAACAUAAAGCCCAAAGGCCCUUUCUCACCCCUUCUGUCUUUCCCUGCAUUCAUUUGCUCAGGCUACCAUAACAAAUACCAAGACAAAGUGGCUUAGACUCCACCAGUUUUCUGUCUCACAGUCUGGAGGCUCGGAGUCCAAGGUUAAGGUGUCCUCAGGUUUGGUUCCUCCUGAGGUUGCUCUCUUUGGCUUGCAGUUGGUUUUUCUCUGUGUGUACACAUCCUGGUGUCUCUGCCUCUUAUAAGAACAUCAGUCCUCUUGCUUUAGAGUCCCACCCUUAUGACCUCAUUUAGCCUUAAUUGUCUCCUUAGAGACCCCACCUCCAAAUGCAUUCACCUUCCGGGGUACUUUAUCAGGUACCCUGGAGGCCUCAAAGAUCUCUGGAUGGAGCUGAUGUUUCAAAGAGAAAGGCUGCUGUAACCAGGAUGUUUUCCCCUUCCCCGUCUUCAUCCCUUUGGUCUCAAGUCCAACUCAGAGUGAAUUUUGUGUGCUAUAUUCCUGCUCUCCAAGCUCCCAGAGGACUGAACACAAAUCACUCUCCACUGGCUCCCUGCCCAUCACCUAUAAAUAUCCCUCCCCCAGCAGCCCUCCAAGAACCGUCUAGACCCCAGCGCCCCAUGCCUUGUCACUGCCCCCUUCAGAGCCAGUCUUUCAGAGCUGUGGCCCACUCUCCCUGCUUCUGUGUCCCCACCAUCCACUCACCUCUCAGCGCUUGGCCACCUAGCUUUCUCUCCCAUCAUCCCCCUUAGCCUGCUGUUUCCCAGACAGGAAGCCAAGGGCACACUUGUUCUUAUCUUAAUUGACCUUUAUUGAAGCAACACUGGGCACUGUUUGUCCUCCCUUGGCAAAUUAUCACACACCCAGGCUCGGGCUCCCAGGUAUCUAUGCACCGAUAACCCUGCCAUCAGCUUGAUUUCCCCCUGGCCCGGCUGCUUGCAGCCUUUAUACGCAGCGAGUGCUCAAUAAUGCCCAUUAAAUCAAGCUGAAAUCACAUCCAAAUAGCGGCUACCAAGCUGCUCCAGAAAAUGACCGCCUUCUUUCUGUAAGACAGUUUGGCCACGUGUACCCAAAGCAGUAAAACAAGGGUUGUAAAGUAGAAGUCCACAGAGGCCAAGCAAGCAGGGGGAGCACAGGAAGUGGGCAGGUGCAGGAGAAUGAUGCAAAGCCCGGGAUGAAGGGGAGUUGACACAGAAUGACAGGGAGACCCUGGGGGCGCUGGAGGGCAGGUGCUCUGUCUGCAGGGAGACCUCCCCUCUGGCCAGUGGACCUCCCUGUGCGGGAGGCAAACCUUGUGAUGCCCUGAUCUUCAGGCUUUCUCAAAGCGAGCCAGAAACCCAGAUUUUUUAAAUUUAAAAUGUCCUGGUGAAAUGUUGGCAGCCAAUGCAAAACUGUAAGGAAGAUUAUCAGUUAUGAGCACCCCCCCCCCCAAAGAAAACAUGUCUGUGAGCCAGAUGGAGCCCAUCUGUGAGAUUGUAACCCCUGAAAUAAGAUGCCUGAAUCAUUUGACACAUUCGUACUACCCUGGGGUAUAGAGGGGUACCCCAUAAAAAAGACUUGAAUCUUUUUUUUUUUUUUUUUUACUUGAAUCAUUUUUAAAUUUUAACAAGGGAACUGUGUUUAGGGCUAAUUGACAGUUCCGGGUUCUGGAUGGAAAGAUGCUAUUGCCUUAUUGUGAAGAUGCCCUUUGAGGAAAUUCACUCGAUGAGUGCUUCAUUCAUAAGAAGGUGGGACCCACACUGUUCUGGGGGGGGGAGGGACUGUGAGCUACCAUGAAACCAAACGCUGGUUCCACAGACCAAGAGAUAAAGGGUCUGUUUAGUUGAGCAAAUGAGCUACAUCUAUACCUUGACAGGGUCCUGAAAGGAAAGUAUUUUCUCUAAAGAGAAUUUGAUUAGAUUCCCAAUGUCGCCAACACUGAAUUCACGCAGUGUGUUCUGGACCAUGUAGGGAUAGUGUGGGGGUUUCCACAGAAAGAAAUGGAUGCCCCUCACCCUGUCACACAUCCGUGGGCAGGAAGGACAAUAAGGUAUAGAGAGGAGAGCCCACUGGGGUGGAGCUGGGAACCCCCCAGCAGCGAGAGGUGAGCUGGGCCCUGCCUUGUGAGAGCUACAGGGACAGAGGUCCUGGUAUGAGAUGAAAGUGUCAAUCUGGAAGUACUCUCUCCCGCCUGGGUGCUGGGCAGACACCUUGAUGUGGCCUUAGCUACACUGGCAGAAUUUAACUGUGUUAGGAGGAGAAUUGGUUCAGGGAUACAAACAGGAUGGGAAGAAAUGACAACUCAGACAAUAGGAGCCAGGCCAAAGUUCAGGGGCCCACCAGAACAGAUGUGUGGCACAUGGACCCAUCCCUACAGAAUCCCCUGGAAUUGGGGUGCCUGGGUGACUCAGUGGCUGAGUGUCUGCCUUCGGCUCAGGUUGUGAUCCUGGGGUCCUGGGAUCGAGUCUCACAUCAGGCUCCCCACAGGGAGCCCGCUUCUCCCACUGCCUCUCUCUCUCUCUGUCUCUCAUGAGUAAAUAAAGUCUUUUUAAAAAAUCCCCCAGAAGCUAUUUGAGGAGGGAAACCCCAGGAGAAAGACUAGAAGUCCCGCCAGUUGGAGCCACAGCAGUCUUAGAAGCAUUGUGACUCGAGCAGUUAAAAACCCCACUGUGUCAUCAAUCCACCCCCCACCCCCGCCCCCUUACCCUCACCCCCAUCUGGUGAAAUGGGUGAUAUCCCAUUUCAGUCACUAGGAAAGUCACCUCACCGAGACAGUCAGGAAUGCAAAUAGACAGCCAGGCAUACGGUUGGUUUUUUGUGGAGUUGAUCUAACUUCCAUGUGAUUACCUUUCUGGGAGAUGGAUGUUCUUCUGAUGGAAAUAUUAAUUGUACCAUCAGUCAUUCUCAAAAAGGUAAAUCUCAAUGCCUGAAAUGAAUCUGAGCGAGCUUUAUCCUGGGCUGAAGAUGACCAUUCUUUCUGGCUUGACCUCUAAAACCAGAAGAUGCCUGGAAUGUUUUCACAGGAGCCAGAGAGCCUGCCCUUGUCCCAUGGAGUGUGCAGGGCAGCUCUCUUGGUUGUCUAUGUAGACCCCACCCAAUGCCCCUCCUCCCAAUAAAUCCAAUGGACCCUUGGCACACACAUUUUCCACAUUGUGUCUUUUCCACUUGGCUAAUAUGUUGGACUUUGAGUGGAAUCCUGGCCUCAGCUGAGCCAAUCAGAACCCCUCCCAAGGAGAUGUGAAAGAAGUACCUAGAGAUUUCAGGCUCAUUAUGGCUGCUCUCUGGAAUGAAAGAGAUGUAAGCUUGCUGGUGGGCCAGAGAAGGAAAGACCAGUCUGCAGAGAGAGAAAAGAGCAAGAUGCAUGCCAUUCAAUCUGUCUUGCCAUUUCUGUGUUCUCAGCCAUUAAACCUAAUCCAUGAGAAAUUAUCUUUGGAUUGUCAAGGGUUUUUAAGCAAUCAUUAAUUUAAUCCUCACUGGUGAAGGAAUCUGCAGAAAGUUGUUCUCUUCAAAUAAUUUCAUAUUAUUCAAAAGUAUAUGCAUGCGUGUGUGUGUGUGUGUGUGUGUGUGUGUGUGUUGAGGCCUAUAUGAAUGUAUCUGUAUAUAUACACACAUAGAAAAUAAUUUAUCAUUCUUCUGAAGACAUGGACUCAGAUACAUAAUAUGCAGAAAUAAAUCUCAGAUAUAACCUCAUUCACA